AUGUUCUGCAAAGUAUCCAACAACGACACCCAUUGGCCUGGAAAGGAUGAAUACAUGCCACCCACCUUGGACAAAUCCUGGACCUCUUACAAAGAGGACACUGAUCUACGUUUCCAGUUUGAUUCAGGUAGAUUAUUGAAUCCUUCAGCCACCGGCUCAAUUCCACCAACGAAUGAGGAGAAUCUUUACAAGGAGAGAAAAUCCUUGGAUGGCGAAGAUGAGUUAGGUGUCUUUGAUUUCGAAGGCCGAUUUCAACUUGGUGAUGCAUCCUUCUUCGAUGACGGUGCUUUGCUGAGAACAGAAAAUUUCCCACAAGGUAAACGUUUUAGUGAUGCAUCUUUUGGUCAGAAUUCUUUGUUACUGGCACCGGAAGACCCAGGCAUUCAAGAGACAGUGAUACCUGCUUCAUUAUCAGACUCACCGACUCAUUUGAACCUGAGUUUUGCAUCUCCAACGAGCGAUGCAACUUUUGAGUCGUUGAAGCAUUGGGAUAUGUAUCUACCCAACCGACUGACCAGCACAUCUGGUACCAACCUAUACUCCAAUUAUUUUGGUGACAUCGCACAACCCAUUACAAUACCAAAUGCCGACAACAUCGAAGACAAGAUGAGUAAGAGAAUGAGUCAAACUCUGGAAGAGUCAGAAAAGACUAAGGUAUCAGAAGGAUCAUACGGCUCGUUCUCCCUGUCCAACAGUGAUCCACCUUUGCUUUCUAACCAAGUGGACCCUGGCGAUACCGCUUUGCCCAAUACUGCACCACUGGGUAAGACGACGCAAGGCUCAACACAGAGUCGCCUUCAGUCCCUCUACGAUAGGGUCGGCAAGGCAGACUCAAGUAACAGACCCAUUUCUUGUGGAUGCUGUGGGAAGACUUUCAAUGGCUUCAUCGAGCUAGCUAAACACAUUGAUGACAAAAAGCUCGUCAGGGAAAACUUUUGUCCUGACGAAACAUGUACAUUUUCCGUUAUUGGUUUCAAUCGCCGUAUAGCGCUUCGCAGACACAUCUGCAACCACCACCUCAAAGAGUACAAUGCUAGAACUAGGGGAGACAAGCACACCUGUUCGCUACCCGAAGAUGACUACGAAUUAUCUGAGUCGAAGGAAGACUUGAAACAAUUUUUGAAACUAGUCUAUGUCUGCAAGGUAUCUCAUUGUGCUAGGGCUUUUUACCGACUGGACAGUCUUCUUCGCCAUCACAGAUGUGUUCAUCAACCCGGACCACAACACGUUACAAAAUUCUGUUAA